UAUGCGCAGGGCGGGGCUCGCUCAUUUGAAUCCUGGAGGGGAUGUUUGAACUCCAGAGGUUCGGGGACAGAAGAGUGUAUUAGAACAUGUGCAGUAAUGUCAGCUCGAAAGAGAGUUAAGAGCUCUCAGACACCAAGAACUUCACAACAUAGUAAUAGUUAUCAGACUAAUCUCUUGGCUUGGAAACUGAAAGAGGACCUAAGCAACUCAAGGAGCACCUCGAAACAUGGACAAAACAGUCCAGUGGAAGAUUCUGAACAAGCUGAUGCUGAUGAGCAAGCAGAAGAUGCUCUGCAAAUAGCAGUAAGAUACUUUGAGAAAGGUCCCUUUAAAACUUCACGGAGUAAAGAUAAAACCUUGGAAAAACACUUGAAAACUGUGGAAAGUGUGGCUUGGAAGAAUGGGUUAGCUCCAGAAGAAAUUGACAUCCUAUUAAAUGUGGCACUCAGUGGCAAAUUUGGGAGUGCUGUAAACUCUCGGCUAUUGAGAUGCAUGAUUCCAGCAACUCUAAUAUCAGAGGAUUCUGUGGUUAAGGCGGUCUCCUGGCUUUGCGUUGGCAAGUGUUGUGGUAGCACCAAGGUACUUUUUUAUCGUUGGCUGGUUGCAAUGUUUGACUUCAUUGAUCACAAGGAGAAAAUUAACUUGCUCUAUGGCUUCUUUUUUGCUUCAUUGCAAGAUGAUGCACUGUGCCCUUAUGUCUGCCAUUUCUUAUAUUUACUUACCAAAAAAGAGAAUGUCAAACCAUUUCGUGUGCGAAAACUGCUUGAUCUUCAGGCAAAAAUGGGAAGGCAGCCUUAUCUCCAUGCUUUGUUGUCGCUGUAUAAGUUCUUUGAUCCCACUUUGAUUUCUGUAUCAUUGCCUGUGAAGAAGAUCUAUUUUAAGAAUUCAGAGAAUCUGUGGAAGACAGCUCUAGUUGCUGUGAGGCAAAGGAAUCAGGAACCUUCUCCAGAACCUCUGAAGCUGAUGUUAGGUCCAGCUACUGUCCGUCCUAGAAAAAGAAAAUGGAAUUCUCAUUCACUUAUACCAGUGCUAAAUUCCAGUAGCCACAGUAAAGAAUAUGGAAAAAAAGGGAUGCGUCUUUCUGAUUAUCUCAGUAGGAAUAGAGCAUUUUCAGGAGAACAGCUUAAAAGCUUCCCUCAACUCUUACAGAACAUUCAUUGCUUAGAGCUGCCUUCUCAGAUGGGUGCAGUGCUAAACAACUCUCUGCUACUUCACUAUAUUAACUGUGUCAGAGAUGAAUCACUUUUACUGAGGCUCUAUCAUUGGUUGAGUCAAACAUUACAAGAAGAAUGUAUUUGGUACCAGGUGAAUAAUUAUGAAUGUGAAAAAGAAUUUACCAACUUCCUGGACACUAUCAUCAAGGCAGAGUGCUUCUUACAAGAGGGAUUUGAUUCCUGUGAAGCAUUCCUGUAUAAGAGCCUUCCUCUCUGGGAUGGCUUCUGUUGUCGAUCACAGUUCCUUCAACUUGUGAGCUGGUUUCCUUUUAGCAGCUUCUCUGAGGUGAAACCAUUUAUUUUUGACCGUCUGGCACAGCUCUUCUUUACAUCAACCAUUUAUUUCAAGUGUAGUGUUCUUGAGAACCUGAAAGAGCUACUGCAGAAUUGGCUGUUGUGGCUUUCUAUGGACAUCCACCUGAAAACUGUGACGGACAGUUCUCUAGAGACAACUUUCAGUGGAUCCAUGCAGUCUGUGUUUGAACUAAUUCACUAUGUAGGGUGGCUGUCCACUAAUGCAUUGCGCUUGGAAAGCAACAGUACUUUCUUGCUGCACUUUGUUUUGGAUUUCUAUGAGAAGGUGUGUGACAUAUAUAUAAAUUAUAACCUUCCAUUAGUGGUGUUGUUUCCUCCUGGGAUCUUCUACCUUGCACUCCUCAGUCUGGAUUCCAGUAUCCUAAACCAGCUCUGUUACAUUAUGCACAGAUACCGUAAUAAUUUGACAGCUGCAAAGAAAAAUGAGUUGAUACUAAAGAAAAAAUCAGAGUUCAUAUUCAGCAGCAAGACCUAUCAAGAAUAUAAUCACUAUUUAACAGCCAUGGUUGGUUGCCUGUGGACAUCCAAACCCUUCCAGAAAGGAUCGUAUUUUGAUCCCGAAGUCUUUAAAAUGAUUGGAGUAGCAAAGUAUAAAACCAGUUUAAAUUUAGUCCAUCACCCUGCUCUAUUGAGUUAUGCUAUUUCCUUUUUGCUAAAGGAAUACCCAGAAGAAAGGACAGUAAACGUGAGCUCCAUUCGGGGAAAGAAAUGGAAUGAGUAUUUGGACUAUUUAUUUUCAGAGGGCUUACAAGGCUUGAAACUUUUCAUACGAAGUAGUAUUCGUCAUUCUUCUGUCCCCUGACAGACAGCAUAAACUCCAUGAUCAACAUGAAAUGAAUGCUGACAGAAACAAACCAAGCAUACUGGACUAAAUUCCUUCCUCGUUGCCAGAGAGAACAAGUGGCUCACCUUGAGUUUCCAUAUACUUUUUACUAACACACUGUCAUCCUCAGGUAGUGCUUGGGCUGGCCUUUGAUCAUGGCUCAGGAGAGCUUUGAUGUGGCUAGCUUUGCUUUUCGGGGUCUAGAUUCUUUAAUGCACUAGCGAAAAAUGAUUUAAUCAUCAGGCUCUAUCUUUCACCAAAUUAUAUAUAAAGAGAUAUAUCCAUUAUGUGGUGGGAUUUGUCACAUUCUUGUGGAGUAUAAGCUGCCUUGAUGGAUGACAGCAGGUAAUAAACAGUAGCAGUUAAGCCGCAGACGUACUUAUGCAAAAUACUCUGCUGUCUCUAUGAAACCUCCAUUGAUACUGCCAUUUUUCUGACUGUGAGCAAUAGCACUAACACCAAGUUAAUAAGUAGUUGGCUGAUUCCUUGGUUUUCACUGGUAGCAACUUAAUGAGAGAAGGAAGGAGAGAGAAUUGUGGAAUAAUCAAGACAUCCCUACGCAUUACGGGUUUGAUUUCAUGAAACUGCUCUAGUUUUUGUGUAUAUAUGUAUAUACCCCAUUUUUAAGUGUUUAGGCAACUUUAUUUUCAGGAAUAAUUCUGAAGCCUUUUUAAAAACUUUGUAAUAGCUAGAAUAUCUUGCUGAAAAUCUACUUUAAAUUUUGCUUCAGUGCUACUGAAUAACUCUCUCUUUUAAUAAAAUUCAUAUCAUUUGAGAGAAAUCAAGUAGGAUUUUUUAUUUUAGGGCACGUUUUUAUGGUUCUUUUUUCUUUUAAAGCAAAAUCCUAAACUAUAUUAUUGGAUAAUGUUCAGAAUAGAAUCUCAUUUAUCAAUUCAUUUUUUUGAUUCAAUACAUGUUUACUGAGCAUAUUGUAUGCCAGGUGUUCUG